AUGCUCUCAGGCAAGCUUGUUUUGUUUGGAGAGAUAGUUGUGGCUCAGAAAGUCAUGUAUGAGAAGUUUGGCAAUGAUUUUCUUGUUCAUUUUGUAUCCAAAGGUUUCCCAACUGCACAUUGCCCUCAAGAUUUGGCAGAGCAAUAUUGUCAAAAGUUGCAGUUGAUGAUAUCAGGACAGGAUGGGUAUUAUUGGGAGCGGGACUUGGACUUCUAG